UGCAGCAGAUUCUUUCAGAGAAAUAUCUGAAAUAAAGGCCAACAGAUAGGGGACGCCGGCAAAAUCAGUUGGAGAGGUUGAGGGGGCCAAUAACCUCUGGCUGUGGAAUCACUGCAAUCUGGCCCGUGUUUGCAGAUGAUAAUGCGCCUUUCCAAAGCCCUGAUAGACAUGGAGAUGGCAGAUUACAGUGCAGCUUUAGAUCCUGCAUAUACGACACUGGAGUUUGAGAAUAUGCAAGUCUUGGCAAUGGGCAGUGACACUUCCCCAUCUGAAGUUACAAAUCUCAAUGCUUCUAACAACAUUGGAGCUAGUGUGUUAUGUGCCAUUUGUGGAGAUCGCGCUACGGGGAAGCAUUACGGAGCAUCCAGUUGUGAUGGCUGCAAAGGGUUCUUCAGAAGAAGUGUCAGAAAGAACCAUAUGUAUUCUUGCAGGUUUAAUAGACAGUGUGUUGUAGACAAGGACAAAAGGAACCAGUGUCGAUAUUGUAGGCUAAAGAAAUGUUUUCGAGCAGGAAUGAAGAAAGAAGCUGUACAAAAUGAGCGUGAUCGAAUCAGUACUCGGCGAUCCAGCUAUGAAGACAGUAGCUUACCCUCCAUUAAUGUUUUAUUGCAAGCAGAAGUCCUUUCACAACAGAUAUCAUCACCAAUGUCAGGGAUUAGCGGAGAUAUCAGAGGGAAAAAGAUUGCAAAUAUUGCAGAUGUGUGUGAAUCCAUGAAACAGCAACUGUUAGUACUUGUGGAAUGGGCCAAAUAUAUCCCAGCCUUCUGUGAGCUGCCCCUGGAUGAUCAGGUGGCUUUGCUACGGGCCCACGCUGGGGAACAUCUCUUACUGGGAGCAGCCAAACGCUCGAUGGUGUUCAAAGACAUCCUUCUCCUAGGAAAUGACCACAUAAUCCCCCGAAACUGCCCAGAAUUGCUGGAAAUCAGCCGCGUAGCUGUGCGAAUUCUAGAUGAGCUGGUGUUAACAUUUCAAGAUCUGCAGAUUGAUGAUAAUGAAUAUGCUUGCCUGAAAGCCAUUAUCUUCUUUGAUCCAGAUGCUAAAGGCCUAAGUGACCCUAUCAAGAUCAAACGAAUGCGAUAUCAAGUCCAGGUCAGCCUGGAGGACUACAUCAAUGACCGGCAAUAUGACUCACGAGGACGCUUUGGGGAGCUGUUACUUCUCCUGCCCACCCUCCAAAGCAUCACAUGGCAGAUGAUUGAGCAAAUCCAAUUUGUUAAACUGUUUGGCAUGGCCAAAAUUGACAACCUGUUGCAAGAGAUGCUGCUUGGAGGUUCAUCAAGUGACACACCUCAUGCUCACCAUCAUCCUCUGCAUCCCCACCUUAUCCAGGAGAAUUUGGGAACAAAUGUCAUUGUGGCCAACACAAUGCCUCCUCAGAUCCAUAAUGGACAGUUGUCCACUCCUGAAACUCCCCAACCUUCCCCCCCAUCUGGCUCCGGAGCUGAACAAUACAAACUACUUCCGGGGGCCAUCGCAACUGUAGCCAAGCAGCCCAGUUCGAUCCCUCAGCCCACCAUCACAAAGCAGGAGGUCAUCUAGCAUCCAACUAAAUGAGGAGUCGAUGACUCAGACCGCCAUGUGGAGAAACGAAACCUCCCUCGUUCUCAACUCAAUCCCUCUGGUGGUCGAACAAUUUAUCGAGCUUUUCCCAGGGCAAAAAUGUGCUAUUUUUUUUUUAAAAAAUCAGAAAUUACAUGUGAAAAAGAAGAAGAAGAAGUGAUAUUCACAUGCAUCUGUGACUGAAUGCUGCAUAACUUACAGAUUAGCCUCGAUGGACACUUUUGCAAAGAUAACCAGGUGUCAAACUUUAGAUCUGUUGGUGGCUGUUCCAAAAAUUGCACUGACUUGCCUGUUUUGCCACUGCCUACUUUCUCCGCCUCCCUCUUUCUCUACAAAUCUGCCUUUUUUCUUUUUCUUUUUCAAAGGCAGCUGACUGGAAAGAUAGGAAGAAACCAAGCCCCAUUACUGGAGCAUCUCCAAACAGUUCUUUCUGUGACAUUAUGGGUGACACAUUUCCAGAGUCUUGAUCCUUAACAAGAAGAAGACAAAGAUGCGGAGACUCUGAGCCUGUUGAAGCUGAGGCAUACUCACCAUUUGUACUGCCUGCUCAAAUGCCUUGGGGAAAUACUACAUGUAAAAUAUAGGCUCAUAUGCUCCCACUAGCUCUAGCAGUCUGUGAUGUUGAAUGAUGGACAUUUGCGCUCUUCAAGCACCAUUGUUGCAUAUGCUACUGAUAUUUUGUCCAUCUGGUAAAUGAAUAGCUUCUAUGGGGAAGCACCCUCGUGCUGAACAAAGUAUGGCCUUGCUGCAUCUAGUGAGGAUUCUUUUCAUCUUACAAUGCACUGUACCUCUUAGCUUCUUUGUUGUCUUCAGGGUCUAUCACUCAAGACCACUGCCUCUGCUUAUGAAGGUUUUGUAACUAA